GAGGGGCAGAGCCGGGCUGCGGCGGGGCCGGAAUGGAGGCGGCCGCGGCGCCGAGCAGGAACGUGCGGGUGAGCGCGGCGAGUCCGCCCAGCGGCCGCGGAGAGAAAAGCCUGCCGGAGAGCAGGCAAGUCUAUAUGGACUACAAUGCAACCACCCCCCUGGAGCCGGAGGUCAUCCAGGCCAUGACUGAGGCCAUGCGGGAAGCCUGGGGAAACCCCAGCAGUCCUUACCCCGCAGGUAGGAAGGCCAAGGAUAUCAUCAACGCAGCUCGGGAAAACCUUGCGAAGAUGAUAGGCGGCAAACCUCAGGACAUAAUCUUCACUUCCGGGGGCACCGAGUCAAAUAACUUAGUAAUCCAUUCUGUGGUGAAACAUUUCCACAAAAUCCACACCUCAGAGAGGGACGCGGCUGAGCACCACAGCCCGGCGGAGGGGGCCACGCCCCACUUUGUCACCUGCACCGUGGAGCACGACUCCAUCCGUCUGCCCCUGGAGCACCUGGUCAAGGAGCACGUGGCCGCGGUCACCUUUGUCCCAGUGUCCAAGGUGAAUGGGCAGGCAGAGGUCGACGACAUCCUGGCGGCCGUCCGCCCCACCACCUGCCUCGUGACCAUCAUGCUGGCCAACAAUGAGACCGGCGUCAUCAUGCCGGUCCCUGAAAUCAGUCAGCGGAUUAAAGCCCUGAACCAGAGGCGGGCGGCGGCUGGGCUGCCCCUCAUCCUUCUGCACACAGACGCCGCGCAGGCCUUGGGGAAAACGCGUGUGGACGUGGAGGACCUGGGCGUGGACUUCCUGACCAUCGUGGGGCACAAGUUCUAUGGUCCCAGGAUUGGAGCCCUUUACGUCCGAGGGCUGGGUGAACUCACCCCUCUGUAUCCCAUGCUGUUUGGAGGUGGACAAGAACGGAAUUUCAGGCCAGGGACAGAGAACACCCCGAUGAUUGCCGGCCUCGGGAAGGCCGCUGAGCUGGUGGCGGAGAACUGCGAGGCUUACGAGGCCCACAUGAGAGAUGUGCGCGACUACCUGGAGCAGAGGCUGCUGGCUGAAUUUGAUAAGAAGAGAAUCCAUCUGAACAGCCAGUUUCCAGGGACUGAGCGACUCCCCAACACGUGUAACUUUUCCAUCCGGGGACCCCAGCUCCAAGGCCGCUUGGUGCUGGCUCAGUGCAGGACGCUGCUGGCUAGCGUGGGGGCUGCAUGCCAUUCGGACCAUGGGGACCGGCCGUCCCCGGUGCUGCUGAGCUGCGGCAUCCCCUUCGACGUGGCCAGGAACGCGCUCCGGCUCAGCGUGGGCCGCAGCACCACCAGGGCCGAGGUGGACCUCGUCGUGCAGGACCUGAAGCAGGCCGUGGCCCGGCUGGAGGGCCAGGCCUAGAGCCCAGGGCACCUCGUAGGAAGCCCUCCUGAGGGCCGUGCCAGGACGACUCUUCCUAAUUUGUCCAAGUCUCCAUUU